AUGAAAGUCUCGUUUUGGCGACCUCUGUUGUGCAUCGUUUUCUUCUCCAUUUGGGGUGUCUUGGCCCGUAUGGGACUAGUCGCCCUUACAACAUACUCAGGGGCAUUUUUAGGCGGCGUAAUCUGGGCCAACUGUGCUGCAUGUUUUAUUAUGGGCCUAGCUGCCAAAACAAAUGACAUUUGGCGCAAGGUUUCGCCUACGCAUGGUUCCAAAGGUGCAAUUCCCAUGUAUGUGGGAGUGACCACAGGAUUUUGUGGCACAUGUCUGUCGUUCUCCUCGUUUAUUCUAGAGCUGUUUGAAAAGACUGCCAACAUGCCUUCGGAACAUUUCCAUUACCCAAAUCGGGCGUAUGGUAUCAUGGAAGCUCUUGCAGUUCUCAUAGCACACAUGGCCAUUUCUGCAUCGUCGUAUGUCGUGGGACAGCAUGCUGGCUCAUUAAUUGACCGUAUCGGUCUGUUUCUGCCGACAUUUUAUCGACGAACAGAAUAUGCGAUUCACAUUGUUGGUUUAGCAAUGUACGGCGGCGUUAUAGCACUUCUUGCUACUGAAAAACAUGGCGCUUGGCGUCCGUGGAUGUUUUCGUGUCUUUUCACUCCAUGGGCUGCUCUAAUUCGUCAUGCAGCGGCGAAAUUGCUCAAUCCUCGUACUCCACGCUUUCCAAUGGGGACUUUUGCCGUUAACGUCGGUGGAACCUUGCUUCUUGCAGUCUUUACCAUUUUGAGCCGUGGCCGCCGACGCCCUUUCUCCAAUUCGCCCGUUAUCCGUGGAAAAAUGGGGUGCCAUGUACUUUGGGGCUUGGAUAAUGGCUUUUGUGCUACUGUGACGACAAUUCUGACUUUUGUUGCUGAACUCUAUUCGCUCUCCCUAGGUUCAGCGUACUUGUAUGGUCUCGUUUCCGUUGCACUUGGCUUUGUUAUUGUGCUAUUAAUUGUGGGCUCGUACGAUUGGGCUGUCGGCUUCACUGCUGCCGUAUGCUAA